AUGCUGGGAAUUCCUUACAUUCGUGAAAUCACAGGUUCAGGCCUUUCUCCUCCACCGCCCUCCAUAUCAGUGCUCAUCAAUGAUAGUAUUGAGAAUCUUCCUGCUUUUCUACACCGUGGAGUCUUGUACGCAGAAAUGAGUUGCUGGGGGCUGGCAGUUGCUGACUUUGAAAGCAUACAUAAAUUACCAGAAGCAGUGAAGGAUAUGUCUCGAGCCAUCCACCUCCAGCCAGAUGGAAUCCAGUUGUAUAUAAUGAGAGGACGCUAUCUACUUGAGAUGAAGCGGUAUGAUCUUGCAAAGUCCACUAUUUUCCAAGUAGCACAAAUGAACAAAGGUUCCUUUGAGUUGUCUCCUAUUCAGCAAUCAUUGGUUUUUUCAUUUUGUAAUCAUCACAAAGAAGCUAUAAAAAUCUUAUUUACAGUUACAUUGUGUAGGCCAGAGCCUGCCAUGUACAUACUAUUGGGAAAAGCCCAAAUGAAGGCCAGAAAAAUAAAGAAUGCUGUGAUAACUUUUAAAAGGGCUUUGGACUCAAUAACUUCAGACAAGACGUCAAAGGGAUCAUUUCUGCCUGCAGAAUGUCACUAUUACUUAGGUCUUUGCUACAUGGAAGAAGAGAAUUUCCAAUUGACUUAUAAGCUUGCAAUUACAGAUUUAAACAUAGCUAUCUCUAUGGACAAAGCCUGUUUUCUAGCAUUUUAUAACAGAGCAAUAUGCUACAACAAAAUAAAGGAAUUUCAUAUGGCGUUAAAGGAUUAUGGAAUUGUUCUUCUUCUCAACGUGGGAGAUGACAUAAAGGCAAAAACUUUAAUUAAUCGUGGCCUGAUCUACUCAGAACUAAAAAUGGUUGCCAAUGCAUUAGAGGAUUUUAGGGAAGCAAUGCAGAUAAAUACAAAUGAUGCUAACCUGUUUCAAGCUGCUGGAAUUUGCUAUCACAGAAUGGGCGAGUUUGAAGAAGCUGUGUGUUCCUUUACUCGUGUCAUUGAACUCGAUCCUUUUUCUCUGGAUGCAUAUGUUGGUCGGGGAAAUUCUUACAUGGAAUAUGGUCAUGAAGUAGCCGAUAAACAAGCACAAAAGGACUUUAUAAAAGCCUUACACUUCAAUCCAACAUACUCGAAAGCCAGAAUUAGCUUUGGAUAUAAUUUACAGGCUCUAGGGAAAUUCCAAAAAGCUUGGAAUCACUUUACCAUCUGUGUGCAACUUGACCCAGGAAACUACCAGGCAUAUGAAGGAAGAGGAAUAGUGUGUCUUCAGAUGGGAGAUAAUUUUGCUGCUAUUCAAGAUAUAAAUUCUGCUCUAAAGAUCACUACUUCUGCAGAAUUUUUAACAAAUCGUGGUGUGAUUCAUGAAUUUAUGGGUGAACGGCAUAUUGCUAUGAAGGACUAUCAGGCUGCACUUUCUGUAAACCCUAAGUAUUCUCUGGCUUACUUUAAUGCAGGAAAUAUCUAUUUACACCACAGGCAAUUCACCCAGGCCAAUGACUUCUACUCCAAGGCAUUGCAAUUUGACCCACUAAAUGAUUCUGCAGUCUUGAAUCGAGCUAUCACAAAUAUAAUAUUACAGAAAUUUGAAGAAGCAAAAGAAGAUUUUGUAAAAGCAGUUAACCUCUCUCCUUUUUGGGCUGCAGUAUAUUAUAACAAGGCACACUUAUACUACAGUUUACAACAAUAUGAGACAGCUGAAGAAGAUCUCAGUACAGCCUUGUCAUUACAACCUAAUGAUCAUCUCGCAUAUAAACUCAGAGCAGAUGUUCGUGGAAAAAUGGGUUUGAUUGAAGAAGCUCUGAAGGACUAUAACCAAUCUCUCGACCUUCAAGAAUUUGCUAAGGCUUAG